CGCGGCUCCGAAAUUGUGUAAAGACAAAUGUGGAAACAGUGAACAAAAAUGGGAAAAAUCGUCAAAAAAAAACUCUUGGCGGAAGAGGCAAGCUCACAGGCAAAAUGAUUGAUAAAUUGACAGUUUAUUAUGGCUUAGCAAUUAGGAGAAAUUGUCAUUCAGUCGAAAAUAUGCGUAAUUCCAUAUGGGCCACAUAUUAUCACUACUGCUCAACGGAUAAAAAUCCUAAACACGAGAAUUGUCCAACCGGACCGGAGUCAUGGUGCUCUUGGCAGCGGGCAGCAGCUGCGAAUGAGUUAUCAUCUUUUAAGCAUGAUUAUCAGACAUUUACAGAGGAUGUUGCGAAGGCUCUGCACCUCAUUUACACUGAUCUCAGCAAGAAGGAAUUACUGGAAAGAUGUCUGGGUGGUUUCACCCAAAACAACAACGAGAGCUACAACCAAUUAAUUUGGAAAAUCUCUCCAAAAAUAAUCCCGUCUGGCUCGAAAAUUGUUGAAAUGGCUACAUGCGUAGCUGCUGGGGUGUUCAACGAAGGUGCAUCAUCUUUAUUAUAUUUUAUGAAUGCCACUGGAAUUUCUCUUGGACCCAAUGCGGACUCAUAUGCUGAAAGAGAGGAUUCACUACGAGUGUCAAUCGCCGACCGAAGAUCUCAGGAGAGUACACGUGAAGGCCGAAUGGCUCGUAGACAACACCAAAUAGAAGUUUUAGAGGGGGCUGAAGGUGAAGAAGCUACAUUAUAUGGACCCGGAAUAGACGAUUCGAUAUAAUCCAGUUGAGAAAUAACGUGCUCACCGCUAGCUGUCUCGAUUCGAAGGAGCUCCAGAAAAUAUUUUAUACAAGGUGUAAAAAAAAUAAUUUUUAUAAAUAAACUAUGCAAAAAUAAAGUUAAAAGUACUCUUUAUAUGUGCAUUAAUUUGUGAACUAAAAUACUCCAUAGUUUUACCAGAAAAAAUUCCUA